AUGACGAGCAAUCUGGCCUCCGAGGUCAAUGGCGUCGAAGACGAGGAUGCUGCUCUUCGACGAGCCAUUGCGAUGAGCCUCGGUCAGGACGUGUCUGAUGAUGAGCCCGCUAGCCCUUCCCGCACGAAUGGCCUGGGCAAUAGCCAGACUCAAGUGACGACAUCUGCUCCGACGGAUGACAAUACAUCAGCGUUGCAGCAGCCUGCCACAAGCUCGAUGGCUGCGCUCGGCCUAGACCGCAAGAAGAUGGAAGAAGAACGCCUGGCAAGACUGAGGAAAAGGAAGGCUGAUGAUGCCCUGCCCGACAGAUCCAACACGGAUGGAGAGAUUGAACGUGAAAGGGCGACUCGGCGCCGGACUGGUCUAGACUUGAAUCCAAAACCAGAAUCAAGCAGCCAGGACGCAUCUGCGGGUCUCAAAUACCCCAAGGGAGCAGUACUCAAGACCUGGGCGCGUGGUGUUCCGCGAGAGGGCGACAUCAAGAUCGAGGAGGUCUUCCAGAAGGACGACUUGCAACUUGCUGUCCUCAGCUCUUUCCAGUGGGAUGAGGACUGGCUCAUGAGCAAGCUGAACCUGAGGCAGACCAAGGUGCUCUUGAUAGCCUACGCGAAGGAUGAAGAACAGAAAAACGAGAUGCGCCAAAACACGCCCCCAGAGACGAUUCGGUUCGUCUUUCCUCCGAUGGAUGGUAUUGCUUCUGCUGGCUGUAUGCAUUCCAAGCUCCAGCUUCUGAAAUACCCGAAGUCGCUACGCAUCGUGGUCCCUACCGGGAAUCUUGUUCCUUAUGACUGGGGAGAAACGGGGUCGAUGGAAAACAUGGUUUUCCUGAUCGAUUUGCCUCGGAUCGAGGACCCUGUUGAGCGGAAGAAGCACACUUUGACUCACUUUGGUCAGGAGAUGUGCUUCUUCCUUGGCGCCAAGGGUGUGGAUGACAAAAUGCUAGAGAGCCUGCGAAACUACGAUUUCUCCGAGACGGCACGAUACGGAUUCGUCCACACGAUAGCCGGCUCUCAUCCUCAACCUGAUCUUUGGCAAAGGACGGGCUACUGCGGCCUAGGUCGCACUGUGAAGGCUCUUCGCCUUGAGAGUGCAGGUGCUAUUGAACUGGAUUACAUAUGUUCAUCUAUUGGUGCUGUCAACCGCGAUCUGUUGGCGGCUCUGUACAACGCCUGCCAAGGCGAUACGGGCUUGAAAGAGUACACCAGCAGAGCUGGAAGAGCGGCUAAGGGCAAGGCCAAGGGCACGGCCGCUGCCGCCUCCCGUGCUGACUUGUUGGACUUAACAAAGAUACGAGUCUACUUCCCCAGUCGCGAGACCGUAGAUCGAUGUCGAGGCGGACGUCAGUCUGCUGGCACGAUUCGUUUUCAGUCCAGGUGGUGGAACGCAGCUUCAUUCCCGCGUGCAGUUCUUCGGGAUUGCAAGAAUGUCCGCUCAGGUAUCUUGAUGCACUCCAAAGUCAUCUACGUCCAGAGGCCUGCAGCAAGUCUCGUUCGUGGCGCAGCCCAAGGCUGGGCAUAUGUUGGGAGCCACAACCUAUCCGAGAGCGCCUGGGGCCGCCUGGUCAAAGAUCGAGGCACGGGAGAGCCUAAAUUGAAUGCUCGCAAUUGGGAAUGCGGUGUCUUGGUCCCCACGCAGGAAACAACUUCUUCGUCUUCCAGUGGAACUGCUCAGGAGGCAGAAAAGCUAGAAAUGUUCCGCGGUGCCGUUCCCGUUCCCGUCGAGCUUCCCGCCCAGCCAUAUCACGGCAACGAUCGACAGCCCUGGUUUGCUGAAGAAGCUUGA